AAGAUGUGUUCCAAACUCACCCUGCUGCUGGGAUUAGUGGCUCUGAUUGCGGCUGCCUUUGCCGCCGAUGAUCCAACAUCUCCACCUUCGCCGACGCCUCCCACAUCUCCAACCUCACCCACUCCUUCAACUCCCCCAACAUCUCCUGAUUCACCAACUUCUCCAACCUCUCCAACAUCACCAACUUCUCCCACGCCUCCAACUUCACCGACUUCUCCAACUUCCCCGACUCCUUCGACUUCCCCGACUUCUCCAGAAUCCCCAGAUGCCGUAGCCCCCUCUUCAGAUACCGCUUCCACGACAAAACCCCGCAGAAGGCGUCGCUGGCGCCGAAGGUUCCGUGUCCGAAGGCGCAGGUGGGGCAACCGAGGCGGCCGCAGAUUUGGAGGACGUAGGUUCCGCGAAGGAAACUUCGGAGGUGGCCGGUUCCGCGAAGGAAACUUCGGAGGUGGCCGGUUCCGAGAAGGAAAUUUCGGAGGACGCAGAAUUCGGCUCGGUGGUUUCGGUGAAAAUGGCUUCCGCGAAGGCGGAUUCCGUGUGCGCAGAAUCGAACGCAUCAUCAUCUAA